GUCAGAAGAGGAAUGGGAUCCCCUGGACUAGAUUUGAGGGUGGUUGUGAGUUGUGUGGCUUCUGGAAGCAAACCCAGGUCCCCUACAAGAGCAAUGCUUUUAACCCGAAUCAUCUCUCCAUUCCCAUUUAGGAGUCUAAAAGACAAUUUCCCUUCUGCAGAUGAAGUUUAUAGAAGUAUGACUCCGGUCUCAAGAAUGUCAAAAUUCCAGCUACUGGACUCUCUGAGGCUUUGCUUUCUCCUGAAUAAAAACUGCUGCAGCACAAACAGAAGGAACAAAAAGGAAAAGGAGAAAGGGCCAAUCAACCUAACUUUCAAGCCCUAUGAGGUUGGCUGGCUCCUCUAACUGAUGGCAUGUUGAAGUACAUGGGCCAGCAGCAACGAGGGCAUCUGAUCCAGAGGGGGCCACUCUAGAGGCCAGGCCAUCACCACCAUGGGCCAGUGUGUCACCAAGUGCAAGAAUCCUUCAUCAACCUUGGGCAGCAAGAAUGGAGACCGUGACCCUAGCAGCAAGUCACACAGCAGGCGGGGAGCUGGCCACCGUGAGGAACAGGUGCCACCUUGUGGCAAACCAGCUGGGGAUAUCCUUGUCAAUGGGACCAAGAAAGCAGAGGCUGCCACUGAGACCUGCCAGCUGCCAACAUCUUCUGGAGAUGCUGGGAGGGAGUCCAAGAUCAAUGCUGAGGAGUCUUCCCUGCAGAGAUUGGAAGAACUGUUCAGGCGCUACAAAGACGAGCGGGAGGAUGCAAUCUUGGAGGAAGGCAUGGAGCGCUUUUGCAAUGACCUAUGUGUUGAUCCUACGGAAUUUCGAGUGCUGCUCUUGGCCUGGAAGUUCCAGGCAGCUACCAUGUGCAAAUUCACCAGGAAGGAGUUUUUUGAUGGCUGUAAAGCAAUAAGUGCAGACAGCAUUGAUGGGAUCUGUGCACGGUUCCCUAGCCUCUUAACAGAAGCCAAACAAGAAGAUAAAUUCAAGGAUCUCUACCGGUUUACAUUUCAGUUUGGCCUGGACUCUGAAGAAGGGCAGCGGUCACUGCAUCGUGAAAUAGCCAUUGCCCUGUGGAAACUAGUAUUUACCCAGAACAAUCCUCCUGUAUUGGACCAAUGGCUCAAUUUCCUAACAGAGAACCCCUCGGGAAUCAAGGGCAUCUCCCGGGACACUUGGAACAUGUUUCUCAACUUCACUCAGGUGAUUGGCCCUGACCUCAGCAACUACAGUGAAGACGAGGCCUGGCCGAGUCUCUUUGACACCUUUGUGGAGUGGGAAAUGGAGCGGAGGAGAAGAGAAGCAGAGGGGAGAGGUGCACUCAGCUCAGGGCCCGAGGGCUUGUGUCCAGAGGAGCCGCACUGAGGAUCUGCCUGCUGCCCAGCAGCCAAGUGAGGAAUUGGACCUUUCUGGAAAUUACUGAAGAUCCGGAUAUUUUCUACUUUACACCUUUCUCUGCCUUGUAUUUGAAAGGGCUCUAAAAUGCUGUAUCAUGUUUUAGGCACUUUCUUCAUUUUUUUGGUUAUUUUGGUUAUUUCUUUUUUGGGUGAGAAAUCCCCCAAAAUAUUUGAACCUGGCUACAUGUUGUGUACCUUUUUUGAAGCCUUCAGAUAGAAUAAGCCUGCCAUUUCUUGCACAAAUGUAUUAGAUUUGUUUUGGUUUUGUGGGGGAGGGUGUAGGCCUGGGUGGGGAGGGACUGUUGGGUUGAGUUAACAUUACAAAUGACACAGUGCCAGAUCUCAGUUUUGCAUAUUACUUUUCAGGGCAGGUCUGUACUGUGUGUAGUGCUGUUUACAUGGUUGAAUUUAGGUUGUAAUAAUUAUUUUAAAAAAUUUACACAGAUAUGAAUAGCAGUGUUAACUGUUAGCCACAUUGCAUUAAUUUCCAGACAGUUUGGAGCUCUUGGAGAGCCAGGGCCAAGGCCAGUCAAGAGCAUUUGCAGCCUGACGCCCCACCCAUCCCUUUAAGCUAAUUUAUCCAAAGCCCUUACCUCCCUCACUUCUUGCCCAUUCCUUCUUUGACCUAUUGCAUUUCAUGUUUAGUUUAUCCAUCACCAUGCUGUACCUGUCAGUCAAGUGAGCAGUUUUGUUUUGUUAGAACACAUUGUACUGAAAACCACUUAAGCGUUGAAUGCAGAGAAAGCAGUGCUACCUCAGUUUUGCUGGAAGUAGACUUCUUUGAUAGUUUUCUUUGAUGUUUUGUAUUUUCAUGUCAUGAGUGGAAAUGCUUUUUUUUCUUUCUUUCUUUUUCUUUUUUUUUUUCAUUUGCCUUGGAGCCAAAGUUUCUGUUCUGGGUGGUGAGAAAAGCAUGCCUGCCGGCUAGCUGACCAAGAAAGCUAUGGCAUGGAACUCUGCUUCAAACUGUUUUUUUUUUUUUUUCCUUUAGUUUUUAUUGAGUAUCAUCAGCUUACUUGUCUGGCAAGUGCAGAAGCCUGAGGCUGGCCUGAACUCUGCCAAACAAAUUAUCCAAGUGUAUUGAAUCAUUAAAUGUAUGCCCUUUCCCUCUCUGCUGCGCCCACGUUGUCACUUAACCCCCAGGAGUUAUUUAUUAUCUUUUUGUUAAUGUCAAGCUCAUUUGGGGUAAUGUGAUGACUGUUUAGGUUUACAUGACCCUCCUCUCCUUCCCUUACCCCCAGAUCUGUAUAUAUACAUAUAUAAGAUAUGUAUAUAUUUUACCUUUAUAAAAUAUAUAUAUACACAUAUAUGUAUCUAUAUUCCUUUAUUUGUCUGCUAAAACUGGCCAUAAAAGAGGGAGCUGCCUUUGAUCUGUAGUUAAGAAGAUGCCAGGGAGCAUCAUAAAUGGAGGCUAUUGUAUAUGAAUUUGGACAUUUUCACUAAACUUGAAUGAAUUUGCUCACAGGAAGGAGGAACCAGUUCUCUAGACUCCACAUGUUCACUCUGCCAGGCCAGCUUUGAUCAAGCUGCCACCAGGGCUUGAGGAGCUGACUCUGUCCUACUUAGUUUACUAGAGGACCCUCUUGAUAAUUUCCUAUUAAAAAAUAUCCUCAAAAAAAUUGUACUGGAAGGUGGGUGGUAGGAGCUUGUAUAGUUCCGCUUCCAAUACUUCGGAACAGAUUAAAAAGGGAAUCUUUUAAUAAAAGUUACAAAAAUAUUUAUACUCUUGAUACAAUGAAAAGUGUCUAUUAAAUAUUUGGAAUUUUCUCCCUUGAUUAGUCUACCCCAAAUCCUGGGUAUAUGUUUCUCACCAUGGGCAAGAGUUGCAUGCUUUGAGUUCUUUAUGAGUCUUAUAGCUCUGGGCUCCUGUCUUUAUAAAGAUGAUUAUUUAAGGUGAUGACAGUCCUAUUUCUUAAAACUAUAUUGACACGGAGCGUUUUUGUAGGCCUGACAACUGUCCUUUUUUGAGGCACAGAUAAGAAACCUGAAAAUCAGCCCCAGAUGUAACAUAGUCCUGGAAGGCUGAAGAGGCUGGUGGCCAGGUGUGAUCCUUUCUUCUAGCCAUAGUAAGACAAAGUCCUUGAGUAAGUCAGUAUCCAGGGGCCCAACAGUUUCCUAGGGCACAGCUACACAGCAGGCUUUGGAGAUCUCACCCAGCCAGUCGUUCCUAAUGCUGGAGUAGGUGGAAGUCCAAUGAGGGAAGAAGUAGUGGAGUGUUGUAGGUAAGACUUUCUGUCCCAGGUAAAAAAAGGGUAAAUGUGGCAGGGAAGUGCCAAGAGAGGGAAGCAGUCAGGGCCCCAUGGACUCAAGGAAAUAGAUUUCUUUCCCUCUGGGUAGAUUCUGAUUGAUGCUCAGUUUCUCCAACCCAUCAUUUAGAAAUUAUUUGUGAUUGUAUUUAUAAAGCUCUGUUGUUGAGAAACCAGAUAUUUAGAGGGACUUGGGGUUCUCUGUGCAGUGGUUUUUUGUUUGUUUUGCCAAGAGUUUCACAGUGAGGUAUAAGGUUUGUAGUUAACAUUUCUGAGAAACAAAAGCCUCUGUUUCACUCACCCUCAGAUAGGCUUGCUCCAGCACUGGCUGGAGGCCAAAUGUUUGCCCCUCAGGUAAGCCAGCUUUGUGACACUGGGGUGAUGUGGGGAGGUGUGAUAUGUGGGUACCAUUUUGGAAUUCUGCAACAUUACUACACAGAUUCUGUUGGAAAAUUGCUUACUUUUGGCAAGUGACUUUUUGAGUUCCCAUGGUAUUUCUUUAGUAAUUUAUUAGGAAGCUGGUAUGAGGUAAAGGGUUGCUUUAUUGAUUCUUUCCCCUAGCCUUGCCAAACUUGAAUGUAUCAUUCUUAAUGACACUUUGCUGUACUUCUAGGGGUGGUCUCAGCAGCUCUCUUUACUGUGGCAGAUGUGCCAACAUGUGUAUUGUUGGGUCCAAAAGCCUGUAUGUACCCAUCUGAUAAAAGAAAAUCUCUCCAGAGCUGGCUGAAAAUUCAAAUUUCAGCCAAAGCUUUAGGCUAAGGGAAAGAUAACAGAAAAUGUGCAACACAGUAUUGUUCAUAUUGGAUGGACACAAAGUAACGAGUUAAGCUGCACACAGUAUUAGCUUGAAACAGUCUCCUAGGGCCUGGUCUUCAGACCAGGUCAGGUUAUGGGACCCCAUAGAUUAUGUACUUGGACCAUUGGUGGGAAGUUGCUGAGAUAAAGACUAGUCCAAAAACUAAGGAAGCAAAAGGUCUGUAUAUUGGAAUGUAUGGUUUUGCUAUAUUUCAAGUGGGGUCUUCAGUGCAGCAGGUAGACCCGGCUAUACAGUUACACAAGGGACAGGAGAAAGCUACUGUUAAAAGUCUCCCUCUCCCCCUUCUUUCUUAGACUUAUUUUUCCAUGUAUGUUAGGAUGGCUAGUGAUGACUUGAACAUCUCGGUAACUGACAAGGGUCUUACUUGAAGGACUCAAGCAGUAUUUAGCUUUAAUACUUGAAUGAACAAAAUUAUCAAAAUAUGUCUGUUAGAGCUUUUUAAAGGACAUAUGACAUUGAUCCUCCCUUCUGGGUCAUGUAGAUGGGAACUUCUUGCCACUCCUCUUCAGAGUACAUUCCUAUGGUAAGCUGUAAUAGCAGUCCAUACCAGUUGGCCCAGGACUACAUGCUGGGAAUGAUUAUCAGCCUCUCCCCCCCACCUUUAAAAAAGAAUGAUGCUAAGCAAUGGGCGCAGAUGCUGAGAUGGUGUGAUUAGCUGAGUAAUCAAGUUCUGAUUCUAGUGUUGGAGUGGAGUGUUCUGUUUCUCUUGGAAACCCAGCCUGCUCUCAGAUACCUAAUUCUAUCAUGUAUCUAUCUUAUGCAUUGCCAGAAGAAGCCAUUCAGCAGCUGCUGUUUUUCUCUCAGCACAACUGUAUUUGCUAUGGAAGAAGUACCUUCCCUCUAAUACUGGUCCCCAGUCCUCAGAAUCUGAUUAACUGCUCUUCCCUGCUGCACUGAGUAUGGGUAAGGUUUCAAAGAGGGAAUUUGAAGCAAUAGGUAAACAGGGCUUGGUUGAAUUUUGGUAUCACACAUAUCCUGUCUUAAGCCGCUGAGGUGAUGAGUCCACUGCUCAUGUGACCCUCCACCUUUGUGGAUCCCUCUUGGUUUGUGAUCAGCAUAUGUCUGAGGUUGUACAAACUUGACAAAAGGUAAUACUUUUGUAUUCUCUGCACUGUUGCACUCUUCAAAUAGCCCCUGAAUAUUAACUUGAUAUACACAUUUUUGUCUUUGAUGUCUACAGUAUUUUUUGUUUUUGUUGUUGUUUUUUAUUUUGAAGGUUAUCUGCUGUUGGAUUCAAUAAAUUUGUUUACCUGACUAUUGAUAUUUCUGCAGAAAACAAAAACAGUAAAUUUAUUCUGAGGCAUAAGUUAUAAGACUUUUUCAGUGA